GUCACUUGCCUGACUUGGCGCGCGUGGGGUCCUCGGCGGUUCAAGAUGGCGGCGGAGGUUUUCCUGCUGUGGCUGUUGCCCUUUUUAAAUGCGAUAGCAGCAUAUGGAGCAGAUUUUUCAUCUGAAGCUUGUAGAGAAAUUGGCUUUUCCAGUAACUUGCUUUGCAGUUCUUGUGAUCUUCUUGGUCAGUUCAGUUUAAAUCAACUGGACCCAUACUGCAGGCAAUGCUGCCAAGAGGAUGCCCAGCUUGAAACUAAAAAGUUGUAUCCUGGUGCAGUCCUUGAAGUGUGUGGAUGAAAAUUGGGGCGGUUCCCCCAAGUCCAGGCUUUUGUCAGGAGUGAUAAGCCUAAGAUGUUCAAGGGUUUGCAGAUCAAGUAUGUGCGUGGUUCUGACCCUGUACUGAAGCUAUUGGACGAUAAAGGGAACAUUGCAGAAGAAUUAAGUAUUCUCAAGUGGAACACAGACAGCGUAGAAGAAUUCCUCAGUGAAAAGUUGGAACGCUUAUAAGUUACAGCACAUCAUUCUUGCAUUUCUGUAUCUAUAUUUUGUCAUCUCUCUAUCUGUUCAUUCGUGUAACACCCUAUUACAUUUUCAUGGAUAUCAUAAAUGAUCAAUGGUGAUCUAAAUCAUGUUAAAUUUUCAUACAUCUCUUAACUAUAUAGCUGUCAAUAUAAUUAUCAGGAAUUGACUUUCUAGACAUAUAACUGUUUUGGAUGUUAUACUUUGUUUCACUUUUUACAAGUCAACUAUAAAGAUUUUCUAUUAAAUGUACAUUGUGUCAAUUGGCUGUAUCUUACUAUUUACUGUGAUGGAUGUGAUACAUUAGAAAAAUACACUUUUGUGAAGUCUGCACAAAAAAUCUGUUAAAAGAUGUGUGUAGUCUGAUGUCAUGUGCAUUCUAUGGUGGUUUCGCUCUACUGCAGUAAAAGUAGGUUCAAAAAAUGUCAUUGUUGAAGAGCUAAUAAAAGAUGUUUGUAAAGUU